AUGGGACGCCGUCCAGCUCGUUGCUACAGAUACUGUAAGAAUAAACCAUACCCAAAGAGCAGAUACUGUCGUGGUGUCCCAGACCCAAAGAUAAGGAUUUUUGAUCUAGGACGCAAGAAAGCUAACGUAGAUGACUUCCCACUGUGUAUACAUUUGAUUUCUGAGGAAUAUGAACAGUUAUCCUCUGAAGCGCUUGAGGCGGGACGUAUUUGUGCUAACAAGUACAUCACAAAAAUGUCUGGCAAGGACUCGUUCCAUCUGAGAGUGAGGGUACAUCCAUUUCACGUGAUUAGAAUCAAUAAAAUGUUGUCGUGCGCCGGAGCCGAUAGACUCCAGACGGGAAUGCGUGGUGCAUUUGGAAAACCCACUGGGACUGUUGCAAGAGUUAAUAUUGGACAGAUCAUUUUCUCAGUGAGGAGUAAGGAAUCAAAUCGGGCAGUAGUCAUUGAAGCUCUCCGAAGAGCUAAGUACAAGUUCCCUGGACGCCAGAGAAUCAUAGUGUCUAAGAAGUGGGGAUUCACCAAACUUUCUCGCGAAGAGUAUGUCGAAAAACGUCAUGCUGGCCUCUUGAAACCUGAUGGUGCUUAUGUAAAAUAUCUCACUCAACAUGGGCCGCUCCAGUCUCACCUUGAUCAUUUAGCAGCGACAGCUGACGAGGAUUAA